CUUUAUAAAUAAUCCUUCUUACAUGUCUAUACUCGAACAUAUACUUUCCAAGAACCCUAAAAUCCCGAGAAAAAAAAAGCAAAAGAGUAAAGGGAACCUAGUUUUUAUCAUGGCUAGGCAAAUAAUGAUCACAGUUGAGUCGUCAAAGAAGAAAGUGGGUGGAAUUGUGAAGCUCAAGAAUGUUGUAGAGAGGUUGGUGCAGAUUAAAGGCUUUUCCUCGGCCAAGAAACCCUGUUCCGAGGAGUACGGCCGUGAUUGUGUCCCAAAAGAUGUGAAGGAAGGUCAUGUUGCGGUGAUAGCCGUUGAUGGAUAUCAUGAGGCUACACAAAGAUUUGUUGUCCCACUAAUGUUUCUAGAACACCCGAUGUUCAGGAAGCUUCUCGAACGGGCGGAGGAAGAGUAUGGGUUCAAUCACGAUGGAGCACUCAUGGUACCAUGCCGGCCAAGCCACCUCCGGAAGAUAUUGACCGAACAGUGGUGUUAGAACUUUUAUUUGUAGUGAUUAUAUACAUGGUUUACUUGAUAUAAUAUAAUAAAACUGGAUUCGUUACAAGAGGGACUCUAAAGCAUUCAUUCUAGUGUUUAAGUAUGCGUUGGGGGUAUAUGUUUCAAAAAAAAAAACUAUGCUAUGUUUGGGUAUCUAACGAAUAAUUUAUCUUAUCACGCCUUAAACUUGCAUCUCGACAGUUAAGACGCAAAUCA